AUGUCCUCCGCCUCGCAGUCUUCCUCCAGACGGCAAUGGUGCUACCUCUGCGACCUGCCCAAGAUGCCGUGGGCCAUGCUGUGGGAGUUCAGCGAAGCGGUGUGCCGGGGCUGCGUCAACUACGACGGGGCGGACCGCAUCGAGCUGCUCAUCGAGACCGCCCGGCAGCUGAAGAGCACGCACGGAGUUCUAGACGGCAGGUCCCCGGGUCCGCAGCAGGGCAAGCCCAGCCCGGCCGGGCCCGUUGAAGCGGGGCGCCAGCACGGGGAGCGCGUAGACCGGGGCAGGGGGGAGUACGGGGUGUCCUCUCGCCUCCCCAACGGGCUGCACAGAGCGGAGGACGUGGCCCUGUCGGAGGGCAGCCGUCAGAGCCCCAACACCCGCCGGGCGGUAGCCAGCGCAGUGCCCAGCCUCCAUGGCACCAUAUCGCACGCGCUGAUCGCUCAGGGGCUCGUAGCAGCCCCUCAUGGGCUCUUGACCCCCCUGUCGGCCUCCAGAGCUGGGGCCACACCUAUUGCAGUCUCAGCUGGCACCAUAAUGGGCGAUGCGGCCAGAAGACAGGCCGUGUCCAUCGGAGUGGGCGCCAGCACCUCUGCCCUGGUGGGCAUCGACCCGGCUGUGUGGAGGAACAAUGAAAUGAUGGCUGAACUCAGCGAGGUGUCUCGCAGCAGGUUGGAGGGCUGGCCCAACCGGCCCAAGGUGGUCCGGGAUGUGCUCAUGGCCCUCAGCAGCGGCGUCCCCUUCAACGUGCGCUUCAGGAAAGACCACAACCUGAUGGGCCGCGUCCUGGCCUUCGACGCCAGCACGACUCCAGAUUUCGAGCUGAAGGUGUUCGUGGAGUAUCCAGCCGGCUCUGGAAUAAUCUACUCAGGAAUCCCAGACUUGGUCCGGCAGAUGUUCCGCGACUCGGCCAAAGACGCGGGCAAAGCGGUGAACUCUGGCCUGCGCUACGUGGAAUACGAGAAGAGGCAGGGCACGGGCGACUGGCGCGGGCUCUCCGAGCUCCUGAACGACGGCGUGCGGCUCUUCAAAGAGCCCCCCAUCCCCGAGGUCCUGCCGCAGUCCGACGCAGUGUUGCCUCUGGCAGCCGGACGCCCCGGGCCGGCGAAGGGCCCCACCAGGCGCCGCAAAGCCUCCCCGGGCUCAGAGAACGGCGAGAGUGAGGGGAGGCCCGAUCACCCGACCAGAGAGCCCUGGCCGCGAGGCGCCUACGCGAGCAUGGAGCCCCUACCGGGCAUGGCGGCGCCGCCGGAGGGGCCGCCCCGGCUGCACAGCCAGCCCUCGCCCAUCUCGGCGCUCAUGGGGGUGGCCGACAGCCUGAGCUCCAGCCAGAUGGCGCGGGACAGCCCCGGCAUGGCGCAGCCGCACCCCUCCGCCGCCGGCCGCUCCUCCAGCAGCAGCCCCUCCACCGCCUCCACCUCCGUGUCCCAGGCGGCGGCGGGGCCGGGCCUGGGCGUGGCGGGGCAGAGCGGCAGCGGCGCGGGGGAGGCGAGCGGCGGCGCGCCGGGCGCCCUGCUGUGCUGCACCCUCUGCAGGGAGCGCCUGGAGGACACGCACUUCGUCCAGUGUCCCUCUGUGCCCCACCACAAGUUCUGCUUCCCCUGCACCCGAGGAUUUAUCCGCAACCAGGGCCAGGGGGGGGAGGUCUACUGCCCCAGCGGCGAGCGCUGCCCCCUGGCCGGGUCCACCGUGCCUUGGGCCUUCAUGCAGGGGGAGAUCUCCACCAUCCUGGCCGGAGACGGCGACGUGACGGUAAAGAAGGAGAGCGAUCCUUGA